AUGAGCCAGAAUGGCACGGCGGCAGCCAAACCCUCCGCGGGUCAAAAUACAGCUGCUCGUGUUGGGAUGAAGAAGAUAUCGAGGCUCUUUGCCUUUACACGACUUGGGCGCGGUCGCCCAGAGAGCGCCAAUGGACACCACCAGACCGAAGAUUCCGCUUCUACACGAGAGAGCUCCCCCGAUGUUCACCAACUUACAUCACGACGUCGCCGCGGCGCAGCGCCGGAGCAUAGAAAACCUGCAAGAAAUGGCCUUAGCAGACUUAUUGCCGAUGAAGAGAAUCAGCCCUGUGCCAUCUGCGCGACAAUAGAUUUCCCGUCACUGCUCAAUUGGCGCCCAGGACAGCCGCGGCCUUGGAUUCCCCUGGCUCACACCCUCGCCGAGCUCUCAGCUUGCCCUUAUUGCAUUUUCUUUCAAGCCUUAGUAGGCGCUGAGCCGGACAUAACACGCAAGUUCACGCCUUAUCUGCGCAUUCGCCAGGCAUUUGAGCGCCUCGGAGUUGGAGAGAAACAUGAACUCGGAGGUGCGGUCAUAUUUGAGGUCACUACAAAGAGCAAGGUGCUACCGUGGGGUUAUAUCGUGCGCAUCGUGGAUGGGGAUGACGAUAUGGCUGGGUACAGCGAGACUACACCUGUGAUCCGGGGCCGUGUGAUACCCCCCAAGCUGGACAUUGCGUUACCUCGGACCUGGCUGGACUUUUGCCGGUCCAACCAUUCUCACACCAAAUGCGCUUCAUCUGGGCCCCCGAUCCGAGGUCUCAAGCUUGUGGACUGCCAGGACAACCAGGUGGUGUUUGUGGACGACCUCAACGUGGAGGCACUCGAGUAUGUCACACUGAGCUAUGUGCGAGGCAGCCCGACCGACGAAGAAUGGGAUCAUAAUGGCUUGCCUGAGGUGCUACCUCCGCUGCUUACCGAUGCCAUAGCUGUGACCAAGUCUCUUGGUUUCCGAUAUCUCUGGGUUGACCGUUUUUGCUUUCCCCAAUAUAACGCGCACGAGCGCCGACGGCAAUUGGAAAAAAUGGGAGAUAUUUAUGCUCGAUCUGCAUUAACUAUCAUUGUCGCAGCUGGCCAAGGCGUGGAAGACGGUAUUCCCGGUAUCAGUGUGGUGCGUGAAGAGCAGCUAUCGCUGCAGACCGAGGCUGGAUGUUUCACCACAUCACUGACGAGACCUGAUGUUGAAGUGGCCAACUCUAAGUGGGCAUCCCGUGGCUGGACAUAUCAGGAAGGGCUUCUAUCACGUCGUCGUCUUGUCUUUACUCCAUCGCAAAUCUACUUUCAGUGCCAAACCUUCCACUGUCAUGAAUCCAUCUCUUUCCCUUUGCAGACAAAACCUGCCCUCAACCUCGGCCGCGUAUUCCCUGAUAACGGUGCUGGCGGUUGUACAGGCGAUUUUAGGAACACCGUCAGCGGCUACGUCAGUCGUGAAUUCUCAUUCCCAGAAGACCGCCUGGACGCCUUCAGAGGUAUAUUGGACAGGUAUGCCCAGAUGGACAAUGCUCUGGAAACCGUUCUUGGGCUCCCUCUCUUCCAUCAAAAGGACUUCAAAAACGUGUCUAGUCCCACACGAACUGAUCGGCUAGCUGUCGGUCUCGGCUGGAUGUACGACCCCCCAGGCAAUGCCGAUAUAUCGACACACCCUUUGCAGCUUCAGGGCCCAUUCCCUUCAUGGAGUUGGCUUGGCUGGAAGCUCCGCCCUGAGUAUACUGGACAUGGGCCAAAUCUGAGCUUUUACCAAGUUGGCGAGGAAACUCCUGUUGUCGACAACAUUUCUGCAGUUCCCAAUAUGACAAUUUCUAUUGGCUUCAAGGAUGAUAAGAUUCUCUGUUGGGAAACAGAAGGGAAAGAAAUCGCCGCUCGCUCAACACCUAUCACCUUUCUCCGCCUCACGACGUAUUGCUUCGAAAUCCGUCUUAUGGUGCCUUCUCCUGCUACAUCAUCCGCUUCUACGUCCUCAAGCGCAGCAGCAAUCACAUUUACGUCGCCCGACCUCCUCGACGCCUUUCAUUCUCCCAUCGCAGCUCUACUCCUCCGCGCAGCGCAACCGUCCCCCGAGUCCCCUUCCGAACUCCCGCCAGGCGAGCAUGAGCUUAUUGGCGCUUUUAUUUCUGGCCGCGAUUGGAAGGUCGACGAGUCCUACGAUUCUGCCAGCGUUCUUAUCUGUGGCCGGCGCAACUGGAACGCUAAGGACAUUUUGGUUCGUCUUGGUAUACUUGAGCUUGGUGCUGGUGGCUUGCUUGGUGUGGACGAGGAUACAGCUGUUGUCAAGGGGGCGAUGAAAAACGAGAGGAGGCUAGACGUGCAGCUGAGGGAGCUCGAUAUCUAUUGA